AUGGGUAGCGCUUGGUGGCAGUGUGCUGCGUGUCUGAGAACCCAGGAAGAAGACAUUUGUGAGCUGCAGCUGAAUCACUGUAAUCUGUAUGAUGUACCACCCGAUGUGUUCAUUUACGAAAGAACGUUGGAAAAAUUAUAUCUCGAUGCCAAUAGAAUAAAAGAUCUUCCCAGGCCACUAUUUCAGUGCCACGAGUUGAGAGUACUUUCACUCAGCGACAAUGAAGUUAGUACAUUACCACCCGCCAUAGCAUCGUUAAUCAAUCUUGAAUACUUGGACCUCAGCAAAAACAGUAUAAAAGAAUUACCAGAUAGUAUAAAGGAAUGUAAAAGCCUCCGCUCCAUAGAUAUCAGCGUUAAUCCGUUCGAUCGUUUCCCAGACGCCAUCACACACAUUGUCGGUCUGCGUGAGCUCUACAUAAAUGACGCAUACAUAGAAUACCUGCCGGCUAACUUCGGACGACUGUCAGCCUUAAAGACGCUCGAGCUACGGGAGAAUAAUAUGAUGACAUUGCCUAAGAGUAUGAGCCGUUUGGUGAACUUACAGAGGCUCGACAUCGGCAACAAUGACUUCACAGAGCUGCCUGAAGUCGUUGGAGAUCUCAUCAAUCUCACCGAGCUGUGGAUAGACGGCAAUGAUAUCAGACGUAUCCCGGGUAACGUCGAGCAGCUGUACCGCUUGAAUCACUUCGACUGCACGAUGAACGCUAUUCACAUGCUGCCGAUGGAGAUACGCGGCUGGCGGGACAUCUCGAUCAUGAAUCUAUCCUCGAACGAGAUGUACGAGCUGCCAGACACGCUAUGCUACCUGCGCACGAUCGUGACACUCAAGAUCGACGACAAUCAAUUGAACGCACUGCCGAACGACAUCGGCCAGAUGUCGAGCUUAGAGGAGCUUAUAGUCACUAAGAAUUUCCUCGAGUACUUGCCGUCUUCGAUAGGACUGCUGCGCAAGCUGCACUGUCUGAACGCGGACAAUAAUUAUCUGCGCGCGCUGCCGGCCGAGAUCGGCAGCUGCACCGCGCUCUCUCUGCUGUCCCUGCGAUCGAACAAUCUGUCGCGCGUGCCGCCCGAGCUCGGCCAUCUGUCAUCCCUGCGCGUGUUCAAUCUCGUCAACAACUGCAUCAAAUUCUUGCCGGUCUCCAUGCUGAAUCUGAGCAACCUGAAGGCCCUCUGGCUCAGCGACAAUCAGAGCCAACCGUUGGUGCCGCUGCAGCAAGAGUUCAACUGCGAGGAGGACAUGAUGGUGUUGAGCUGCUUCAUGCUGCCUCAGAAGCCGCGGCAGGACUUGGAGAAAAUGGCGCAAUCCACAGGACCGAUUUCGAGUUCAAUCAUUGGAACAGGCAAGAGGAUAUGUUUUGCUGCUGAGGUAGAUUCCGAAGUCCCCAGGCAACUUCAUCGAGCACCGACCCCUUAUCCUAAGGAGCUACGCAACCUCGCUAGGCACGCUCGUAAUUUGCAUCAUCAAUCCAUUCACGAUCAAAGAAGUGCGUCUUCGUCUACAACCCCUGUGGAUCGUCACACGGCCAAGAGCUACAACAAGAGCAACCGAGUCGUCGAGUCCGGAGCGGAGCACUCGGUGUCUGAGGAGUCGUCCGACGAAGCGAACAAGACCGUGCUGGCGAAGGAGAAGAGUCCCGACAUUCGCGAGGCGAAAUACAUCCGCAAUCCCACGUCCGAUUACCUAGUUAAAGCGCCGACAGUCGCCGACUAUGUCAACUCCACGUGGAAACCGGACGAAUACUCUAAGGCGAAUACGGCGAGGAUAGUGGAGUCCGAGAAGUUCAUAGAACCCUACAAAACCAUCUACAUGGACGCGGACGGCAAGUAUCGCGAGCAGACGAGGACUAGCAUGUCGAAGCCGUGUGACGUUCCGCCGGUUCCACCUCCGUAUCACAUCGCGGCGGCGUUCUCCAAGAAAGCCGCUCUCUUCCAGCAAUUGAACAACUCGAUCGAAUCGGAUCCGCAUGUAGCUUCAUCCUCGUCACCCUUCAACUCAUCCUCGAAUUCGGCCGCGACGUUUCCGGACGUAUCGUCGAAAACGAACUUCGACGCGAACGCAGAAGCGACGAAGGUCGAGGAGCACCACACGCCCGUGCCGAGUGAUCAUCGGGCCAAUUUCGCCGAUUCGAGCGUCGCGUCGAACGCAUCCGCGGAUAACGCGGGGACCGAUUCUAUCGACUACUCUCAAACCACGGACCAACCCUACACACCGGUGCCGGAGGGCGCCGACUCCGAGCAGGCGUGCGAGAACGAUCGAACCUUCAAGCCGAGCAAAAUUCCCGUUCUCAAAGCGAAGCACAUAGAAAACGCGGGCAACACAUCGAACAGCGACACCUCGGUGAAGCGCGCGAGUCCCGCGGCGGAGGAGUACGACAUGAGCAAAACGUCGUUGAACGCGUAUUCCGGUAUACCCACGUCGCCGAUCACGGGGAAGAAGUAUCGCAGUCCGUUGUCGACGCCGGCGAAAUCGUUAGAUCGAUCGAGGAAGAUGACGAACGGGAACGUCGCAAACAACAAUUCGUGCGACAACGUCGAUUCGCCGGACGUGCCGAGCGUCGUGAGCCGGCCGAACGUCACGAAGAACAUCGCCGAAGAAUCGAGCGUUGCGCCUCCUGCUAUCGUCGUGGCCAAGAGCGAGACAAACUCCGGCCGAAACACGCCGAAUUUCAACAACAAGCCUUCGGGCGACGCCGAGUCGAAAGAUCUAGCGACCUCCACGUCGAACGAGACGCUCAAUUCAGAGAGAAAGCCGAGGUUCAAGUGGAUGUUCGGUCCACACAAGAACGCCAACGUGCUGCCCGUUCAAGUAAGGAAGAAUCCAGGUCUCGGUUUCAGUAUAGCUGGCGGGGUAGCGGGUGCGGAAACCGGAAUAAUCGUGACGAAGGUGAAUCCUGACGGGCCAGCUCAGGGUACUCUUCGGCCGGGAGACAAGAUCCUAGAGGUAGACGGUAUCGACUUCACCAAGUCUGAUCACAAUAAUGCUGUUGCCGUUCUUCGAGCUACCGGUGCCGUUGUGUCUAUGAUGAUAAGUCGCCACCAAUGAUUGUAAGUUAUUCGAGAACUUUUUUCUAAUUCUUUUAGAUGACGUACGAUCGCUUUACAUACUUCAGACUGAGUACAUUUUAUAUAUAUAUAGCUCUAACACGUAUAAUAUAUAUACAUACAUAUAUUUAAAUAUAUUCUUUAAUCAAAUCCGCAAGCAAAAGAAGAAAGAACAAAUAUACGAUAUACGUACGUUGUGAUGCGUCACAUACAUACACAUACACAAACACAACAUACAUAUAUACGCGCACACACGUUCGCGAGAAAGAAUGAGAGGAAUAUACAUACAUAUAUAUAUAUAUAUUUGUGUCGACUAAGAUUGUAAACAAGUUAGGUUACUAUCGAUCGUUCUACGAUUAAUGCAGGACAUGAAACGUGAUCCCCAGUGCUAGGAUAUAAACGAUAGAAUGUUAUUUUUAACGACUCUCGUCUCGUUCGCGGGCGGAUCGAGUGAUUACGCGGCGCCGCCCCUCCUCUUCCCCCCUGUGGCAUAAUAUAGCUCCUUCGAGUAAACAGUUAGAACAAUUAUGUCUUUCCCGAAUCUUUAACUCCAGGAUGCGCGGCGUCCACGUUACGACGACAAUGUGUUGAUUGAUAUAGAAUAGUUUUCAUUUGUAACCUAUACUCUCGCGCGCUCUCCCCGUCGAGAGAGCCGACAAUGUGCCAGAAACAAAGUACUAUUUAUUAUCCAUAUACAUAACAUAUAAAGAAAAGAAGAUAUAUAUAUAUAUAUAUAUAUAUAUAUACUAUAUGCAUAUAUAUUAUAUAAACAGAUUUAUAUCUGUAAAAGUUGAACGAGGUUCCCACAGAUUUCAGCGGUAUAAACAAGUCUCCCUUUCCCUCUAUAUCUCGAUUGUUUCUCGCGUUGAAAAGAAAGGGUAAAGGGAUUUCUAUGUACCACCGCCGUGAGAAACGCGCCGUGCUCGUCAUCCGUCGUGACCGAAUUCAUUUUUCACGCGCCCCACGAAGCGUAUCUCUAUUACGUUGUUGACUGUAUAGUAGUUGUUAUUGCAUCGUACGGCAAACCUAUAAAUUCUAUCUUGUUCGAUUAUCCGGGAAGAGGGUAGCGCACGCGAGCGUGUUGAAUAAUAUAAUAACGGGGAUAACGGAAUUGGCGCUUCUCUCUGUGGGAGCCUCGCGCCGCUCUUGUGUAUAGAAAGAGAAAAGAAAACAAAAAAUAUUCUUCUAUGUGCCGUACUUAUUAUCGAUAAUGUUUAUACUCGUGUGUUGGUGUCCACAGACGUUUAUUAACGCGUUCCUUCGCGACGCGGAUUAUCACUGCAGACUACCUACUUUUUCGACCUUACCUUUCUCGAAGCAUUGAUCGAAAGCACCGUCUCUCGUCGAUCUCGAGCGUGCCGUUUGAUCCUUAAGCAUCAGGUCUACGAUUACGUUUACAUGGCAGCCUAAAAGCAGUAACAUUCGACGAUACUAAAAUCUAAGUUCAUCUGAUCAGCUAGAUCGCUCUCAGAUCAAGUUAAAAACAAAUAAUUCAAACUGAAAAGUUGACAAUUCUCGAUGUUGUAAUUGCUAGUGUCGCAUAUCACGUAGUAUAGUUGCAACAUGAUUGUUCAUACGAAAUGUAACACCAAAGCUACAGUUACAACAUGUUACAGCUGUUCAAACGUAGACUACACGGAUGUUAUUAGACCGAUUUUGAGGCUCCUGUGUAAUCUUGACGUCAGAAACGAGAAGAUUGAAAAUUCUUGCGAAAUACGUAGAAAUAAAGAGAUGUUUCCAUAAAAUGGCAUCUGCAAUUGAUUGAAUUCUUUUUGCUCUAACGUAUUUUGCAAAAAUUUUUAUCGUGUAUUUUCUCGCAUCUGAUAUUAUCAAUCGAGAAUUCCGCGGCGAGGAAAGAACCAGGAGCCUUAAGUUGCCAUGUAAACGUAGUCUAUGUUGUAUCCAUUGAUACUCGAGGCGUCGCCUCACGACGCGUGAUUAUUUCGCAUUUAUUUCAACGCUGCUUCAGCAACUUCCGAUGCAACCACGUCUGCGAUAAUAGACUAAGUCUGCAUUCUAUAAAAGAGAAAGAGGUGCUCAGAGGUUGGACGUUUCGCACAACACACACACACACAACACAAAUAAUACAUACACUGUGCGUUUCACACUGUUUUGUAAGUAGCGUUAUUUAGUUUUUUUUAUCGUUAAUAUUGUUAGAUACUAUCGACCAUGAAACGUCUUUCGGUAGUGACGCGACUGGCUCUAGCGGAGCCCGGUGAAUUGCCCGUGAAUGAUUGUUCGCGAUUCCGUGGCGAAUCAUGUCCCGCGAGGGAUGCGCCUGUACCUCGUAGAAAUCAUGUUUGUCAUGACACAGCCGAGCGUGACAUCGUAUCGCACGAAGUCGACAAACGAGAUCGCGUUCUCGCGCGUCGCCGAUGUCACGUCGCGAUUCAAAGGAUGGCUGAUCAGAGGCGAAGGUAGAGGAGCGAGAAAAGGUUCUCGCGGUGCGGAACGAAGAGUGAAGGAAUGGAAGGGCUGAGAGAGAUGAUAUGCGAUAGCACAAAUGAAAUCGUUAUUCCGUUAUACACACUUGCGUUUAUGUAUGUAACGAGCUUAUUAUCCGAUUACGAGUCCACGAGACGGCGUAUGAGCGAAAGACUAUCUAGCUACCGGACGUGCCGGAGGUGUCCCGCGGUUUUUCACGGAUUUCCUCUCGUAAAUCUGUUCUGUCGCGUUGAUACUUGUUGAGUGAGGAUAUCAUGGGAAUAGAAAUUUGGAAUCGUAAGCUCCUAGAAGGAGAGAAAAGUUCCGGGACACCUCCUCGUGUACGCGAUUCUGUCGAGGGACGAUACCGAAACGGAGCGUUGCACGAAGAUGGAAUAUCGUUGUUGCAAAUUUAGUGUCUGUAUUCGUAUAUCUUUGUUCGGUGUUACGUACGAUAAGAUUUUACGGUAAGUUGUUGCGGGCGUGCGAAGCGAGUCAGAGAAGCCGCGUCGUGUCUUCGAUUUUCGAGAGAGAGAGAGAAAGAGAGUGUGUCAGUAGGCUAAUUUCUAAGCACCUAGUCAUGUGUCGAGAGAACGACAACAGACAAAUGUUAGUGCCCUUCGUCAGUUUGAUUUCUCGCCGACGGUGUAUCUACGAUAUCCGCGGCGUUGCUGAUUCGUAACUUCGCGUAGUUUCCGAGGAAAAGUGGCGUUAUUGCGGCCACGACGACUCGAGCUUCCGAUUUAGAGUCUACCUAUAGUCCUCUAUAUACUUCUUCUUCUUCUUCCUCUCGUUUCUUCCUUUAAUUUAUACAUGUAUAAAUAUUCGCGCGGUUGAUUUUCCAGCCCGUUGGCUCGUUGUUGUUCUUAUCCUCGGCGACGUUUCGUCACCGCUGACGCUGUUGCAUUUAAUCGAUCGAUUCCAUAGUUGAAACGUUGUAGAGAGAAUGUUUAUGAAAGAGAGAGAGAGAGAGAAAGAGAGAAAACGAAAGCUAGAAAGAGGAUGUGAGGGGGAGGGGGGAAUACGUAUCGCUUAAUGUCGACGGAAGAAUCACGACUUUUAUGGACCACAAGCACACAUAUUGUACUCUUUUCUACUACUUCUAACUAAACAGACUGACUACCUUUUUGGAUACCUAUUGUGUACUUGAAUGACGCUGCGUCGUCUGCGUCGGGGAUGAUUAGGGAAUCCUGACGAUUGAACGUGUGAUUGAAAAAUCUCCAAAUUGUACCCAUGAGUGUAUACUAUAAGUGACUACCUGUUGCGUAUCUAAGCGAAACGAGAAAAGCAAUCAAGUGGUCGUACCUUCGUGCUCCUUUUGCCAUACGCCCUCGUAAUUCUCAUCGUUUUGUUCUCGCGUCGUUUCGAUCUCUCAGGUGCGACCCGAACUUACUGUUUCUUUUUCGUCAGCGGCGUAUGGCGUAGUGCCAGGAUCUCUUUUUCCUUUACUUUCUCAUCUCGUCCCUUUCGUUUUGUGUAUUCUUACUUUUUAUCUUCGAGUCAUUCGACGAGCGAGCAUUGACGUCGAUUCUUGCGUUCUUUCCCGAUGUUCGCACGUCUUUAACGUUUCGAUGAUGUCUGCGUCUUGCAGUACAACCACUUCGUUAGCGCACCAUACGUUUCAUUGCGGUUGCCGUGACCGGUUGGGGUAAUUUACCAUGUGUAUAGUUUGUAAAACCGAUCGAUGUACAAAGAAAUACUCACGUUCUACGUUCGGACGUCAUCUUCUGAUAAUUACUGUGCAUUUUUGGAUAUGUUAGCGGAAGAUGUCUGACCCUCAAACGAGAAGUCCUAGUUGGUUGUGCAGCAAUAAAUAAAUUAAUAUUUACGUAAAA